AUGGAGGCGAGUAGGAAGAUGACGAAGGAGGGUUCACUGGAUGGCUCAACGCCAAAAACUAGAGCAAUUGAGAAGAGAGGCAAGGGCCCAGGUGACCUCUUGAUGAUGACAGUGCUUGGGGGCGCCUUUAUCUCAGCAAGGGGUAUGAGAGUGUUGGGCAUAGGCGGCGAAGCCGCGGUUGGCAAUGCCAGUGGUAGUAGAGACGAUGCUGAAGGUGCGAGUGGUGACGCCGAGGCAAGACACCAGGUAGAGGCAGGAAGGGAGCUGGGCGACACCUUGGGUACGAACGAUAAUGCUGAAGUGGGGAGGAGCACAGGCGACACUAGCUACGCGUUGGGCAACGCUAGUGGUCGGUUAGGCAGCUCCAGUGGCAUGGAUGGAGCCAGUGACGCGCUGGGUACUGGUCCUCAUGGAGGGUUGGGCGUUGGUCCUCGCGACAUGUUGGGUGAAGGAGCAAGGGAUUCAAGCGCUGAGACAAUAGAGAUAGGCAUUAAGGCACCAUUCGGUAGAGUAGCUGGCGCUAGAGGUGCCCAAGCUGAUAAAGGCAAUAUGACAGAUAUUACACAGGCUUUGCACCAAGGCAAAAGAGUUUCUAAAGGUGGUAAGAUUUGUGAUAUGUGGUCAUCUUGUUAUCAGGUUGUUUAG